AUGACUAAAAGAAAGGUUGAUUCGGUGGAAAACACAGACUCUAAGAAGCAAUCGAUUGAGUUCACUAAGGAGGACAUAGUCUCAUUCUUUAAUCUGCAAAUAUGGGACAGUAAAUUCCAAGAUGAUUUGAAACAACUGAUUGAAGCCAGUCAACCAUAUCGAUGGGGUACUGUUACUCAAUUAAUUGAUGAUACUCUUUUGCGUCAAGUACGAAAGGAGGUUCUUUCCGAGAUUGCAUUCACCCAGAAGGAGACUGAUAUUUAUAAAGUUUAUCAAUCUGGAGAUUUGGCCAAUUUAUCUGGAUUAGAUUGGAAUGAUCUUUCUCGACUUCCCUCUUUGUUUAAGCUCAGAGCUGGUAUUUACUCACAGGAGUUUAGAGACGUUAUAAGUAAAGUUACCGGAUGUGGGAAGUUAAGUGGGGUAAAGACCGACAUUAGUAUUAAUACAUAUACUAAGGGGUGUCACUUGUUGACUCACGAUGAUGUCAUUGGUUCAAGACGAGUUAGUUUUAUUUUGUAUUUGCCAGAUCCUGAUAGAACAUGGAAGGAAAGUUAUGGAGGAGGAUUAAGAUUAUACCCUGCAGUUAUCCCCAAUGUCCCCCAUACUGACUAUUCUCAAAAGUUGAUUCCACAAUUUAAUCAAAUCGCCUUCUUUACCGUUCAACCGGGGUUAAGUUUCCACGAUGUGGAAGAAGUUAGAGAAGACAAACAAAGAUUGUCGAUUCAAGGCUGGUUCCAUAUUCCUCAGGAGGGUGAAGAUGGGUUUAUUCCUGGGGAACAAGAAGAAACCGAAGCAAGAUCAACCUUACAACAAUUGCAAAGUAAAGAAUUGCAAGAAUAUGAUUUCCCGAAGAGCGAACGUGAUAGAGUUGUCCCUAGCGAAUUAAACAUUUAUCAACUGCCAUUUAAGAGCUUGAGUGAAGCUGAGACAGAAUACUUGAGAAAAUUCAUAAACCCGUUGUACUUGACAGAUGAUGUCAUCACCAAAUUAAACAAGCUGUUUAUUGAUGAAUCCAUUAUUGAAAUUCAGAAUGUUUUAGUUGAUGAGUAUGCUAAUGUGUUGCGUGAUCAAAUAAGAGACUUGGAGUUGAAUUCUGUUACUCCUCAGAAAUCAACUGAUAUUGAAGCACCUUGGAAAUGUGCUGUGCCACCACAUAAGCAAAGAUUCAUGUAUAUCGAUGGGAAGUCACCGAUUGGAGAAAUGACUGAAUCAAAUAUAAAUUAUGUUACUAAAGUGGGGCCACAAGAAUUACCAAACUUUGCCCUUAUUGAAGCCAAGAAUGACGUUGAUGUCAAACUUAUUGAACUUGCAUCAUUGUUCAAAUCUGUUGCGUUUAAGAAAUGGUUGAAAUUGUUGACUGAUUUAGUAGUCACUGCUGAUCAAGUUUUAGUGCGUCGAUUCCGACCAGGUCAUGAUUUCAUCUUGGCCACAACUAUCGAUAAAUCCGAAACUGCUGAUGAAGAAAACGUCUUGCUUGAAGCUACAUUAAACCUCACUCCCUCGGCUGUGAAUCCUAAGAAUUGGGAAAGUGGCGAGUUUGGUGGGUAUGAAUUGUGCAUGUUGCUUGCUGGUGAUGAAUCAGAUGGUGAAUUUGAAGAAGACGAUGACCCAGCCGUGUAUAAAGCCAACGAUCCAAAUGAUGACAGUAUCUUGUUCACUAGUCAAUGUAAAUGGAACGUAUUGACUUUAUACUUAAGAGAUCCUAGUGUGUUGAAGUUUAUCAAGUACGUGAGUAUCAACGCUAAGGGAUCCCGAUGGGAUAUCAGCGGACAAUGGAACGUGAAAACUGAAAAUGAUGACGAAGAAGAGGAACAGGAAGACUCCAAGUAA